UCAAAGGUGACAGGCAGUAUGGCGGUGUGUGUGCGGAAAAAUGUAGCAAAACGCGUGUUUCCGUCUCCAUGGUAACGUCUAGACCAUAAAAUCAGGAUAGAAACACAGGACAGAGUACGGCGCUAGUGGAUAUCUAGGCCUUAAGAACAGUGGACUCGUCUCAUCUCCAGCCUAAUUUCAGCAUCCACCAUGCGGCUGUUACUUGCAACCAUUAGACAGACAUGUGUCUUGCCUAGGAAAUUCUUCUCUGGUGCAACGUUUUCCCAUGGACGUGUGGUAUGUGUGUCUGCUGUGACCAACAUAACCAACCACAGCCCAUACAGGGGGAUGUCCUCACAACAACUCUCACAGCCAGGUCAUGGACCAGGUACAGGUGGCAAGGAGAAGGAAACUUUCUUAAGAAAGCUCGCCAGGAUCAGGCAGAAGAUUGAGGAGGAGGAAAAGACGUUUGGAAAACUUGUGUACGAGUCUAAGAUCGCACCCAUCCUGGUGGCCUUCAAGAUUUUUAUCUAUGGGUCCAGUGUGAUCACUAUGGUCUCCCUCUUCACCAAUGGGGUUGAGCAGUAUGCUGAGCUGAGCAAUGUGAUGUUCACAAUAGUUAUGGCUGCCACCAUGGCAAUAAUCAUAGCCAUUCCCUGGUCCAUGAACAUGCUGACUUCUCGGUUUGUCCUACGGCUGUACUAUCGACAAGACAAGAACCUGUACACUGCCAUCAAGUUCAACAAGGCCAUCGGAGACAGGAGGUUUCAGUUCACACCUGAAGACAUCACACCUGUCCAUGAGAGAGCCAAGAGAACCCUGAAGGGAAAGUUCACCAGCUUCUACUUUGACCAGGAGCCCAUGUAUGUUAACAAGUUGUGGUUCGAGGUCCCCAAAUACUUCAACCACCUCAUGGGGUAUGAAAAUAUGCUGGCAAAACCCAAAGCUGAACCAAAGUUCUGGAGAAAGGGUCUAAUUCAGAAGUGACAGAUUGCUCUUUGGUUUAAAAACAGGAGCUGGAAAGUCAGUGAGACAGUAAUAAUAAAAAAAAGAGUGAACCAUAGUUCACAGUUGUUCCAUGUUCCAAUCAUGACCAUGUACAUGUACAUGUACAUGUAUUGUUCCUUUCCAGGCUCUCCUUUCAGACUAGACAGUCCACUAGAUAAAUAUGUAUCAUCUUAUGAGACAGGCUGUCUCACAUGAUAGUAAUACAGGAAUCAUUGUUUGAAGACACCAUAUGGUGUGUUAGAAGACUGUGUUAGUUAAGGAAGACAGUAGACUGUGUUAGGUAAGGAAGACAGCUGCUUCUCUUUCAUAAAGUGCCUGUUUUAUUUGAUACAUGUAGCUUCACUAGUUUUGCUUGUAAAAUGGUUCAGGCUGUAAGACAAAUGUAAUAUUCUGUAAUAAACUCGUUUUGCUGCUGUUUU